AAUGAGUUGUGCAACGUGCAUUCAGAUUUAAUUAGCUGCAAUACGGGUUCAACCGGAUAAAACUCUGAUACUCUUUGCUCAAAACUCCCAAGAAAAAAAGCAUAUGUAUUUUGAAGCUGAAAAAUUCAUGGAUUGAUUUUGUAAAAAUUGAGCUAACGUUAAUGAAGAAUGUGUUUCUCAGCAGCUUUGGCACUUCCGUUACUUCCAAAUCUCGAGACAAAUUCUGCAAAUUGUAACUCAAAUUGUAGUGGAAAGGAUGAAAGUCCAAAUAAGGGUCGAUCGGUGAAACUGUCAUUACCAGCUUAUAAAUGGCGAUUAGUUAUUGCUUACGACGGUACCAGAUUUUCAGGAUGGCAGUAUCAGCAGUCAACACCUACUGUACAGUGCAUUCUGGAAGAAGCUCUGACUAAAAAAACGAAAAUAAACCGCAAAGAACUUUGUUUAGUUGGUGCAAGCCGGACAGAUGCAGGAGUUCAUGCAUGGGGUCAGGUGGCACAUUUCAUUACACCUUUCAACUAUGAAACACUAGACAAUGUUCAUAGAGCUGUAAAUGGUCUUCUUCCUUCUGACAUCAGAGUUAGAGAAUUUAGCCCUGCAGGACCUGAGUUUCAUGCGCGUUUCUCUGUCACAAGCAAGAUAUAUUGCUACCAAGUAUAUAAUUCCACUAUCAUGGACCCAUUCUUGAGGCACUAUGCUUACCAUAGUGAGUAUAAACUCGACGCUGCUGUCAUGAGAGAGGCCGCAAAGCAUUUCGUGGGGAAACAUAACUUUUCUGCCUUUGCCAAUACAUCACGAAAUGACCGGGUGCCAAAUCCAGUGAAGACGAUAUUUCACUUUGAUGUUGUUGAAAAGGGACCUCUUUUACGGCUUGAAGUUGAAGGAUCUGGUUUCCUAUAUAGACAAGUUCGGAACAUGGUCGCUUUGUUGCUUCAAGUUGGAAGACAAGCAGUUCCACCAGAUAUUGUAGUUACGAUUUUGGAAUCUCGUGAUAGGAAGGAACUUGCAAAGUAUACCUUGUUACUUCCACCUCAUGGACUUAGUCUCGAGACUGUCAAGUAUAAUGAAGAACAUCUCAUACUUCCAACAGAUUCCCCUGCUAGUAGUUUUGGGAGGCACCAUAGUAUAAGCAAAUGUAAGGUGCUAUUCGUUUGACUAGUUGAAAAAUCGAACAAUGAAGGAAUGCUGAACGGAUUCUGCCCUUUUUUAACAGAUAUUCAUGAAAAGAAUUUUGCGCCAGCCAUAUGCAUCAGUUUUUUCUUAAUGACACCUUUUUGUGAUUGCUGAAAAAAUGGAAGUAUGCAAUACUGCAAAGUAUUGACGAACACCAAGUCAAGAUUUCAGCACUUCCUGUCUUGGUAACAAUUGCUUGAAUGCAUGGCAAGAGUAACAAGCACUCAUACUAUCUCGAGCUCUGCAUAUGCAUCUUGCAAUGCUUGGGGUCGUGUUGUCUGUGGUAGCUACUAUUCCAUAAACAUAUGUGAAUGAGCGUCGUGUGCUGGAUUAGUUGUGAUUUCCUGUUAUUGAGUUCAAAUUGCUUUUAUUUCUGACCUUUUCUAGGUACGGAAGUGCACUUUCCUCCAGAUGGAAGUAUUUGAACAAAUAAAACAUGCUUAAAGGAUACAGUUUUGCAGAGGAGAGUAUUAUCAUUUGGUGA